AUGCUGCAUCCGCUGUCUUACGGACGCACAAGAACAUACUCCUUUGUGCAGAAACGCACCCGAACCGCAUACAGUAACCGGCAGCUGGUCGAACUCGAAAAGGAGUUCCAUUUCAGUCGAUAUUUGAACAAGACUCGGCGGCAGGAGUUGGCUGAUUUGUUGGGCCUCACCGAGCGGCAGAUCAAGAUCUGGUUCCAGAAUCGGCGAAUGAAGAUGAAAAAGGACGAAAAGGACCGGAAGAAGGCAACGGCGGCUAUUCACGACUCCUCGAAUCCCGUGCUGUCAGCAAAAGUACCGUUGUAUUCGUCAGAAAAGUUCUACUCUCCGGUGAUGAACAGCAUCGAAUUCGACGUGUCGCACGCUUCAGAGGCGAAGUUCAUUGCCUACGACAGGUCAAAGUUCCAGAAGAUGAUGCCGUUAGACCACGAGAGAUCUCAGUUCAGCAACGAUGUUCACGUGCAUGCGCCUUACGCGGAAGGACGCAAACAAAACGAGGAUAUGGUCGGCUAUAACAAGGACCAGGGCGAGGGCUGCCUUCGCCUGCCGUCGUGGUGCUCACCGUGUUCACUAGAGGAGAGCCUGCCAAACUCAUACCUCUUCCUUCCAUCGUCUCAGUUCAACAUGCUGUCGUCGUUGCCUGAUAAUUCCACCACCGGUGACGACGUCCAGUGA